AUGCCGCUGCAGAGUUCCCAUGUCUUCGCCAGUCACAUUGGCCAUACCGGCAAAACCACCUUGGCAUACCAGAUGUCAUCGUACUAUGCGAGUAAACAUCCCGAUGUGAUGGUGCUAAUUAUGGACCUUGCAGAAGAGGGAGACCUCACGAAGCGGCUCUUGGGUGGCGUCGAUGCAGCAGCAGAAAAGGUUGAGUCGCUAUUCGGUGGGGUGUUCCGACUGCUGCAAGCCGCAGAGACGAGACCGUCAGGCUUGACCAGUUGGCUCUGGUCCAGCAAAUUUGAGGUCAUGGAGCACGCAGUGAAACUGAAGGAUCACAACCCGGCUUUACCGGAGAACUUGUACCUCAUCUCCAGUGGCGCUUAUCCCCGCCAAGAACCCGACAUGUCGGAUGAGGUCCGAACAUCGGUGGUGGCCAGAAUACGAAAGUCCUUAGAUGAGUCGCCCACCACAUGGAAACUGUUUUGCGAUACGGAUGGUGAUCGAAGACCAUCGCCAUACACGCUGCUGGCUUAUGGUCUCUGUGACCAGGCCAUUGUGCCACUUCACCUGAACAAGGGCGACUUGGAUAGAACUGAGACCAUGCUGGGUGUCAUGAACGAGUACAGACAGCGAGGAGUAAUCCAGACACAGGUGCUGUUCAUCGUUUGGAACUUUGUGAAGGUUCAGAAGGACGAACCAAUGGACUACCGAGGCAUGCCAAUACCCUUCACUCCGACCAAGGUGUGCAUGGACAUCUUGGAGUCCUGCAAUGCGCGACUGUACAGAAACGCCCAGGAGUUGCCGGGUCUCUUCGUGCACACGCCCGCAUCACAGGUGGAUUUCAUCAAAUGCUCCACGGCCGUCCUCAGGGUAUUGGCCGACAACGUCCUGAAGCCCUCUGAAGAGCUGGGUCUUCCCGUUGCCGAGAUGGAGGCCAGAAUAAGCGAAAGUGGCAAGAAGACCAUGAAGUUCCAGAGUGGGGACAUCGCUUACGACACCAAGGGCGAGACCAUCUCCAACGUCAUGGAUGGCCUGAAGCAGCUCGAAGAGAAGUUCGAGGUGCCGGCCAGUGAUACUGGAUCUAUCAGCCUCAAUUGCAAUCCGGGGACUUCGCCGAUGCCACUGCUCUCAUGGUUUCAAAGCUACAGCGUCUCGGAGGUCCUGAGGCUUCCCCACAGUCGGGUGUGUUUGGAGGAACCCUUCUGUGAUUCGGUCACCGAGGCCGGAGGGCAGAAGCCUGCGGCGAACCGCAUGACGCUUCAGGCUUCAACACAGACAGCAGAGCGAGAUCGGACUCUAACCUGGUCAGUGAUGGCCGUGGUGGGCGCUGGAGGGCCUGUGCUUCCUCCAGGGUCAUUUGCAUUGAUCUCACGUCCUCCGGAAUGGGACGAGGUGAUAGUCCUGGCAUAUGCAGAUGGGGGACAGGUUGGAAUUUGCAAGACAACUUCCACCGAUGGAGUGGAUUGGAUUUGGACACUGGUGAAUAUGGUAGGUAUGUUCAUUCGUUUGCCUCUGAUCCAGGCCGAUGGGUCGCGUCAGGCCCCAGCUGGAGUGGUGCAUGGAGAUGUGAACUGGAUCUGCACUCCACCGGCAGGGGCAGCAAUGUGGGUCCCAUCAGUGGCAGAGGUGGCAAACGGAACAGCAGAGGCCAAUCUGAUUUUGCAGCAGUAUCAGGCGGGUGCGACUGGUUGGGUGGUCAAUCAGCCGGGAGUGGCUGGUGCACUGGUCCCUCUUACACCGGUGGGGGGUGGUCCCAUUGGUCCAGGGGGAGGAGGAGGCGCGGCUUUGGCCGGGCCUCAGCCAGGGGCCGCCGGGCUGGGCAUCGUGCCCCCUGGAGACGCUGGUCAGAACCAGGUGGAUCUGAGGCAAUUGGAAUCAGCUGUGCAGCAGUUGCAGGCCAUGGCCCUCAGUCCAUCCAGCAGUCAGCGGUCCAAGAAGAAGAAGAAGAAGACAAAGUCCGACAAGAAGGACAAGAGGCACAAGAAGAGCAAGAAAAAGAAGAAGGGAUCGGGGAGCUCAAGCUCAUCGGACAGCAGCAGCAACCGGUCGAGAUCCCGUUCCUCUUCCAGCAGCAGUUCCAACGGGAAGAAGAAGCCUCUGCGGUGGAAGGCCGAUGGCACAGACAAGAAGGUCACCUACUCGGAUCUUUCCCAUGUGGACGGCCUGAAGUUCAAGAAGCGUGGAGAUCUGGUGGCAUUUGCGGCCCGUCAUCCAGGUGCCUUGACGGCUCACUUCCUAGCAUCAGUGUACCAGAGGUUGUCCAAAGGUCAGCUGACCCGUUCUUCUCAACUGAGGGAUGUGUCGGUGACGGCUUGGGCUCAUCAGUUCUCAGGUCUGACCGAGGUGCGGGACGUGAAGGAGGUGUUGACACUGGCGGAGAUCUUAGAUGCAGUGAACAGGAAGGAAAUCUCACAGGCACUGGAUGUGCUGUGCGAUGUGCUGUGCCAGCGGAUUUUGGCCAUUCAGUCAGCCAAACAAAAGGGGGGCUCGUGGGAACGGGCCGAAGCCAUCGAGUUGGUGGACAACAGGGCUUUGACACAAGUUCUCACGAGUGCCAUGGUUGAUCAUCCUUUCAGUCGAGCGGUUCAGUCAACAUUCCAUGUGGCGGGCUCUCCGCAGUGCAUGUCCGAAUUCAAGAAGUCUGGUUCUAAGAUGAGAUAUCGGAAGCAGACUGGUGUUUCCCCUCAGCAUGUUUUUCCACUGCCUCCGAUCAGCAAGGAUGCACAGUUGCUGGAGUCUUGGGGUAUGCGGGAUAAUGUUGAUGACCUGUGUCUCUACUAUGGGGGUAACCUGGUGGUGGCGGCACUCAAUUGGAUGCAUGGAGAGUGGACAGUGCAGCAUGAUGCUGUGCUCUCCGCAGCUCACCAACGGGUGCACUCUCGCAUUGAGGGUGGUCUGAGGGCUCUGGUGAUGACAGAUGAGCCAACGUUAGGCCCAGUGGGGUGCGUCAAACGUGGCUAUACCUGGCUGGAUGCUACGUACCCUUUGCUGGUCAAGAAGAACGUGAAGGUUAAUCAGCUUUUGGACAAGGAGCACCUGCCUAGGUGCCUCUGGGGGGGAGCGGUAUCCUUCAUGCCGCUCGGGCGGAGGAGUGCUGGUGUCUUCGGGGUGUGGAGCCUAAUCAUCGGAAAUCAGUUGACGCGCAUGAAGGUGAAGAAGUUCAGGGAUAUUUUGUUCAUCCUGAAGGUCAUUGGGUCAAUCUUUCAAGCGGCUUAUCCAUGGAUUGCUUCGGUGCGACAUCACAGGAAAGUUCGGUUGCCGGCCGAGAGAAUCCGGUGGACAGAAGUUGGGGUUCCCUGGGAAAGCACUCACAUCACCCUCGGUGAGGCAGAUGCUAUUUGCUGGGCAGCGGAAGAUAGGCGAUUUGAACGAGGAAGUGAGCCUGGCGGGGGCGCUCCUGAGUUAGGAUUAGGGACCAAACCGCACCAGUUCCAUGGAAUCAGAGUCGGUAUGGAUGGUGGGUUUGGCCUGGACCGAGUUCAGGUUUUCUUGCUCAACUCCUUGAAGCAAUCCACAAUAGACAAAUACACCAAGGCACUUCAACACCUCAGCAAUGAACUUGCUGACCAACAGUUGGUGUGGAGUGAUAUGGAUGAGGAGGAUCAGGACAAAUUCGUAGCUGAGUGGCUCCUGUCUGGCUAUGAGGCAGGGCACCACCGGGCCGAAUAUGGGUGGGCUUUGUCGGCAGUGCAGAAGGUUUGUCCACGUGUUCGCCUCAGAAUUUCCUGGAAGGUAUAUGAUGCAUGGGGUCAGAAAGAACCCCCUAAGCAGGCUCCAGCGGCCCCUCCUGAAUUGUUGCAUGCCAUGUUCGCGGUCGCAUUGCUAUUGAACCGCCCAGCUCUGGCGGCCCUCAUGGUUUCAUGCUAUGCGGGAUUGCUCAGAGUUAGGGAGGCUCUAGCGUUGAGGCAGCAGGAUGUGGUUUUGCAGGCAACUGAGGUCAUUCUUUGUUUGGGUCAGACGAAACGCGGACUUGAACAGAAGGUGGUGAUGCGCAAUCCUUCAGUUGUAGCUUUCUUUAUGCAAUAUUUCAAGCGUUUUCCUGUCUCUCACGGUGAACCAGUGUUUUCCAUCUCUUAUUCGUCAGCUUUGCGUUGGGUGAAACGUUUGGCCUUUCUUUUGGGAUGUGAUGAUUUGUCUCUUACAACACAUACAUUUAGACGCUCCGGGGCGUCUGAACUGGCCCGGCAGGGUUUACCCCUGGCGGACAUUUUGUUGUAUGGGCGUUGGAGCACUGAGAGAUCAGCACGGGAAUACAUACGUCAGGGCGAAGUGGGCAUAGCGCGUGCCCGUCAACAAUUGCAACCAGUUACAGCAGCUAGAAUACAGCAAUGGGCAAGCAUUAAUCGUUCUCCAUGGGCGGUGUACGACAAAUUGUUCAAGUUCAAGUCGAUAACAGUGAAUGUUGAGCAAGUCACAGUUGCACGAUUCCAUGAGUUUGAAGGAGCUAUUUUCAACACUUUCCAGUCUGAGGGGGUGGUGGGAAGACAGUGA